GGAGAAGCCUGACAGCCUCACUCCAUGUGAGGUGGAUUCUUCAGCCUACAACCCAUCCUAGGACAACAUGGCACGGACUAAACUGGGAGGUAGGAGCCCUGUGAGAGAGGCAGCUAUGGGGUUUGCACUGGGAGCAGUGGCAGGAUGCAUACUGGGAGCUACAGAAGACCCAGUGGACCAGACCCUGUCAAUGAUGACUGCUGCCGCUCCUCUGAAGCCAGUGAUGGAGGAAGUCAGGACAGUGGGUGCUCUGGGGCUGGGGACCCUUAUUGGAGCCACAGCACUGACCACGGCGAUGACCUCCGCAGUAGCUGGAGUGAUUCUGGCGGCAGCGGUAACUUCAGUGAUCGUGACCACAUGGAGCUGCUGUCCAUCCCAAAAAGACUCUGUUGGCUUGUGGGUAUCAGCAGGACUUGCUGGGGCUCUUGGGACCACUCUCAGCGGGGCCACAAUCGGGCUUACUAUCGAGAUGAUUGUGAAGAAUUAUGGCAUGAUGGGCCUUCUGUCGGCACUGAGCACAUUCACUGUGCUGAAACCGCUCCUGAACUUUGUAUUUAAGCUCUUCUGGAAGCAGGCAGAGGCCUGUUGCACUCACGAAUCUAGUCUAGCCUGGGAGAGGGAGAGAAAAGAGUUUGAGAUCACAGAGUCACUGCAGAGACAGAGAGUGGCGGUGCAGAUAGAGCAGAGGAUCCUGAUGCUGGAGCAGGAAGGCAGCACCAGCAGGAUGGAGCCCAGAACACCAUGGCUCAGUGAGCGGAGGCAGCGAGAGGAGAUGGAGAGGAAGAAGAUGGAGAGUGAGGAGGCAGAGAUGGAGCAAAGAACCAUCCAGGACUGGAUCAACAACGUGGUGAUCAAACAUGUGGACUUCUUGGCUUUUUCAGGGAUACCAAUGACAGUGGUUGCCAUAGUAACAUCAGGGUUUGGGGUGGUUGGUUAUGGAGACCACCAGGCUGUGUUUGUAGUACUUCUGGCAUUGGUUGCAGUCAUAGCCUAUCCGCUCCUGAAAUCAUCUGACUUUAAGUUUUGGAUGUUGGUUGGGUGCAUGGGAAUGUUUGCAACAUUCAUCAUUGCCAUACUCACCUUACACGCUGGGCAGGUGGUUGUAACAUCUGCCAUGAAGAUGAGAGCCGCGGGGCAGAAUAACUCCCGAGAAAACAUCAGUGCUCGUAUGAACCACCAGUCCUCUCUGGAAGCUUUGAGUGCAGCUUUCUUUGUGGCCAAACUGUGUGAGCUGGCUUUGGGGGCUGCAGUGGGAGGGCCACUGGUGAGACGAGGAGCUGGAGAGGUCAAGGUCAUAGCAGGGGCAGCUUUAGUGGUGCUUGGUUUACUGGUUGGGGUGGAGGUUUUUGCCCCAGUCCUGGGAGAAGGGGGAAAAGCCGGGGCAUUGCUGGGGGUGGUGGGAUCAGCAGGCGUGUCUGCGGGUGCAGCAGCAGCUUUGGCUGGAAGGUGGUCCUCAUGGCCAGGAACUUUGGGAACCAUUGCAGGAUUGGUUAUAGGAGCAUUAGGGAUUGGAAAAUGGCACAUUGUCAACAUCGGACUGCAGGUGCCGGUGGUCUUUGCCUUUGCUAUGACCAAUCCAUUUUAACACACAAUAAUAUCACAUUGACCUACUGUGCCAACUGCUGUCAGUUCACUCAAUAAAUUCAACUAGCUAAAUGCAAAUCAGUCUAAUGUCAGUCUAACCCAAGAAGAAUUUUACUUGAAUUUGACUUUACUGGAGUAUUUCUAUUUUCUGUUACUUCACUCCACUACAUUUUGAAGGCAAAUAUUGAACUUUUUAUUAGCUGUGUCUAUUAGAUAGGAUAACUUCCAUGAUAUCUCAUCAUGGCCAAAAAAGCACAAAUAAUUUGAUAUUUAUUAUAUCAGAUUUAAAACGAUAUGUUAUAGCUCUGCUGAACGAUUGCCAUAAUCAAAAUUUAUAAAUAUCAGAUGUCAGAGUCGACUGGGCUGUUAACCCAUAAUGUUUAUUUUGGUAUAAUUUUACUUGCAUUUAACUGCAGAUUCUUUAAAGGUGCAACAUGUAAGACUUGACCAACUCUUGAACUCAUAUUCAAACAAAUAGGGGGGCAGCAUUUCAGCAGAGUAACCACAAACUGCUGUGAACUCUAGCUGCCACUCGCUAGUUAGCUCAGUUAGCUGUGCAGCUUUGCAGUCCCAACAGGGAGCUUGGAUUGGUCUUACGAGAGCAGACAGGCCGGGCUAGCUCGUUAGCAUGCUAGCUUCAGUAGAGAUCUCUGUGACACAGAUGACUUUGAAAGGUGCAAUAUGUAACAGUUUGAACAGGAUGUGAAUGUUAUGUCAAAUUUUACUCAAGUAGGACUUUUGGUUACUGUUAACUGUGAACAGAUCCAAUGUGUGGACACAAACCAAAAUUCACACGCUGUACAGUCCAUUAUCUAUAUCUCCGUCCUCUGUGCCAUAGAGUUCAAUUUUUUAUCCAACAACGAUCAUCAGUGAGCCACACUGUCACACUGUGUGAUUCAACCCUAUUUACAUCAUCCUGCUGCACCAAAUAUUCACCAAUACCAAAUGUAGAUUAAACCACCGCUGAAAAUAGCCCCUAACAACUGUAAACCUCUUCAUUUGAUUAAUUUCUGACAAAUUAUACAACCAGCUGUUUUAGGAAAUUACUGAGCUAUACAUUUGCGAGGUGUUUAAAUAUUUAAAAUCAAAAUAUAGAAUCACACCAGACUGAUCCCGACUAGAGUCAUUUGAUCUGUUUCUUGUUUCUCUAUAUUUUGGCUGAUGAGAUGCAGUGAUGUGUUUGUCAAAAAAUGUAUUAUUGUAAAUGCUCUUGUAUUGAAGCUGAAAACAGCUACAUAAAUGAGAACAUAACCAGUGUCUGAACAAAAAGAAAUAAAUCUUGU